CCUGGCCCGCCAGCCGCCGCCCAAGUGGCGACCUCCGCCCGGCCAGCGGCCAGCCUGCAGCCCCACGAUGUCUUCAUCGCCGUCAAGACGACCCGGAAGAAUCACGGGCCGCGCCUGGGGCUGCUGCUGCAAACCUGGAUCUCCCAGGCCCGCCAGCAGACCUUCAUCUUCACUGAUGGGAACGAUCCCGCACUGCAGCUCCAGGGGGGUGAUCACGUUAUCAACACCAACUGCUCUCCUGUGCACACACGUCAGGCACUGUCCUGCAAGAUGGCGGUGGAGUAUGACAGGUUCAUCGAGUCAGGGCGCAAGUGGUUCUGCCAUGUGGAUGACGACAACUACGUGAACCCCAGGGUCUUACUGCAGCUGCUGGCCUCCUUCUCACCCAGCCAGGACAUCUAUCUCGGGCGGCCCAGCCUGGACCAUCCCAUUGAGGCCACUGAGCGGGCCCCAGGGGGCGGCACUGUGACCACCGCCAAGUUCUGGUUUGCCACCGGUGGGGCUGGAUUCUGCCUCAGCAGGGGUCUGGCCCUCAAAAUGAGCCCCUGGGCCGGUCUGGGCAGCUUCAUGAGCACUGCGGACAGGGUGCGGCUGCCGGACGACUGUACGGUGGGCUACAUUGUGGAGGGGCUGCUGGGAGCGCGCCUACUGCACAGCCCGCUCUUCCAUUCACAUCUGGAGAAGUUGCCAAGGCUGCGGCCAGAUGCUGUGCUCCAGCAGGUCACCUUGAGUUACGGUGGUCCAGAAAACCCAUAUAAUGUGGUGAACGUGGCCGGAGGCUUCAGCCUGCAGCAGGACCCCACUCGGUUUAAGUCGGUGCACUGCCUCCUCUAUCCAGAUACAGAGUGGUGCCCUGCCAGGAAGUUGGGGUGA